UUUUUUUUCCAUAUUUAAAUUAAAUAUUUCCGCCGAGGAGAUAAAUGAGUCUCAUAAGAACAAGAAUGACACCGAUAAACGCUCAUUGUUAGGUUUGCAGAUCUAAAGCUGACUGGAUGCGGGUGAUCCUGCCCCGGCCGACGUCUCCAAACGCGGAGUCACACGGGGGCGCCAUCUUGCUUUGACCCAUCCCCGUCCCGUGUGAAGCAGCGAGGGGCGGCGGCGGCCGUGGGCUGCGUCUGUGUGCGUCUGAAGGGUUUUCAUUGGAGACGAAGAAAGAAAGGGCAGUUUCGAGGAAGUGACGGACGACGCUCGGAAGACUGGUCAGAGGAAGUUUGCUGGCUAAUGGUGCCGUGCUGUUGAACGAAACUUUUCCCGUCUUGGGCACCAGAGGAGUCGCGCGUCGGGACGGCAGGAGCGGCGGCGGCGGCGGGGGGGGAAGCUUUUGUUCCCUCGCCACAUUUUUUUUUUUUUUUUGCAGCUCCGAGGAAUAAUUUGAGGCUGGGAGGAAGAAAGAGAGGCUCGCAGAGGAAUUUCAUUCCCAAAAAACGCCAAUCCCCCCUCCCCUCUCCCUCUCCCCCCCUUCUCUUCCCAGCGCCUCCUGUGAUUUUUUUUUUUAUUAUUAUUAUUAUCACCCCCCCUCCUCCUCUCUCUCCUCCCUGGGAUUAGCGAUGGGGAAGGAGCAGGAGCUCCUGGACGCGGCGCGCACGGGCAACCUGGCCGCGGUGGAGAAGCUCUUACCCGGGAAGCGGCAGUCCGCAGGCGGAUCGUCCGGGAGCGCAGGAAGCGGCACCAGCGGCGGCGGCCACGGAGCGUCCUCCCAUCCGCUCUCCAGCCUGCUCAGCAUCUGGAGGGGCCCCAAUGUGAACUGUGUGGACACCACUGGAUACACCCCCCUGCACCACGCCGCCCUCAAUGGACACAGCGCUGUGGUGGAGGCGCUGCUACGGAACGAGGCCUUGACCAACAUCGCUGACAACAAGGGCUGCUACCCGCUCCAUCUGGCCGCGUGGAAGGGAGACCAGCACAUCGUGAAGCUUCUCAUCCACCAGGGACGUUCUAACCCCCAGAUCAACGAGCAGAGCUCUGUAGACCAUAAAGAGUUCAAACGCUGUGGGCCCUUUGACCCCUAUAUUAAUUCCAAGAACAACGACAACGAGACGCCGCUGCACUGCGCCGCCCAGUAUGGCCACACCCAGGUGGUGCGCCUGCUGCUGGAGGAGCUAACGGACCCCACCAUGAGGAACAACAAGUUCGAGACCCCCCUGGACCUGGCCGCCCUCUACGGUCGACUGGAGGUGGUCAAGCUGCUGCUCAGCGCCCACCCCAACCUGCUGAGCUGCAACACCAAGAAGCACACGCCUCUGCACCUGGCCUCUCGGAACGGACACCUGUCCGUGGUGGAGGUGCUGCUGGACGCUGGCAUGGACAUCAACUAUGAGACAGAGAAAGGCAGUGCCCUCCACGAGGCCGCCUUGUUUGGGAAGACAGACGUGGUACAGAAACUACUCAGUGCAGGGAUCGAUGUGAAAAUUGUUGACCAAAAGGGCCUGACAGCGCUGGACAUCGUCAAAGACAUGCCCUCCCAGAAAAGCCGAGAAAUAGCUGCCCUCAUCCUCGGGCACAAGACUGGAAAGCCCCCCGACAUGGACCUUCCUCCUCCGCCCGUUCCUCCACCAAACCAGAGUCCCAGCCCGAGGAAGCAGGGUAACCUGGACAAAAUGACGGAGCUCAUAUCGACAGCGGGCCCCGAGGAGGAGAGCCCGUAUGAAGCUCUGUUUGAAGCCACCUCAUGCCACUCCUUAGACAGCCUCACCAGCGGCAAGUCCUCCGACAGGGACUCAGGACGGCCUGACAGUGAAGUUGGAAAGAAAGAUCGUGUUGUCCACUCGUCACAUGCCGCCCCGGGCCAUGAAGAGGAGCUGAGCUCAGAGGUCCCUUAUAUUGGGAGCAGCGUAAAUGAAAGGAGGGAGCCAGCGGAGGAACAGGAGGAUCACACGUACGAGUUGCUGCUGACUGCAGAAACCAAAGUCCCACCGCCCAGUCUGGAGUCCCAGUCCAAUAAAUAUGAGAAUGCUGCUACACCGUCUUCCAACAGUGUCCUACCUCAGCGAAAAUCCUCUGCGCCCCCCAGUGACCUCAGACCGCCGGGUAAGACGAAAGACAGUCUGCACCCUCCUGCACGGAUGGCUCCACGAGCGCCAGGAGAUAACUCCCAGCCAGGCCAGGACCAGGGAGCAGGUGUCCCAGAGCAGUUCACUGGCCUCCUGCACGGAUCCUCUCCCGUCAUUGACUGCCGCGAGGACGCCUUCAAGCUUCCAGGUGUUCUGCCGCCCAACCAGGGCCAGCCAGAAACAAAGAAACCCACCAAAGCGAGAGAGGAGCCACCAGCUGCUUCACGUUCCCCCAGCCGACCCAGCAUGGCCGCCAUCCUGACGGACUGCGACCCAAAAGCGAUUUAUGCCACUGUGAACAAGGAGCCCAGGGACUCUGGCGUCAGGAUGCGCCCUCCUGGUGACCUGAAGCUGGCCCGCAGCCUCUCCAAGUCGGACUCUGACUUGCUCGUGUCGCCUCCCGGCGAGGAGGAGGGGGGGCUGGGAAACCGGAGCGAGUCUGUGUCUAACUGUAGCACCGGCAAGAAGAGGCUGGAGAAAUCUCCCUCCUUCACCUCAGAAUGGGACGAGACACAGAUGUCUUCUUCUUCCCCAAAUCAAGGAGGAUCUAAUUCCACUGAGAGCAUUGAGAAGAUCAUGACUCUUAUUGGAGCUGGCAUCGAUUUCUCUAGAGAUCAACACUAUGCUACACCAGCAGGUGCUGCAGGCCGGCUGCUGGACCAGCCCGUUGGGGACUGGCUGGAGCACGUGGGGCUGCCGCAGUACGAGAGCAAACUUCUGCUCAAUGGCUUUGACGACCUCCACUACAUGGGGAGCAACGUAAUGGAGGACCAGGACUUGAGAGAGAUUGGAAUCACAGAUCCGAGCCACAGAAAGAAGAUCCUGCAUGCAGCGCGCUCCUUACCAAAGGUGAAAGCCCUGGGAUGUGACGGCAGCAGCUCCCUGUCCGCCUGGCUGGAGAAUCUGGGUCUGCACGAGUACCUGCCCAACUUCCUGGCCAGCGGCUACCGCAGCCUGGACUGCGUGAAAAACCUGUGGGAGCUGGAGAUCGUCAACGUGCUUAAGAUUACUUUGCUUGGUCACAGGAAGCGCAUCAUAGCCUCCUUAGCAGAAAGGCCUUACGAGGAGCCUCCUGUCAAACCUCCCCGGUUGUCUCAGAUCAGGUGUCAGGAGCUGCCAGGAUCCCAGACCUCGUCUCCUCUCAGUCACAUGGAGCCCUACACCGGCCGCUCUAUGGACCUUCUACUGCCCGCAGCAGAGCCGGGUAGGAAGACGGCACCAGAAUCGGACUAUGACGUGGCCCAAAGAUAUCAGAGCGGAAGACAAAAGCCUCAGGAGCGAUACGAAGACAUUCACCAGGAGCCUCGGCUGACCCUGCGACCACCGAGUCUAGCGGCGUACGCCCCCGUGCAGAACUGGCACCACCAGCCUGAGAAGCUCAUCUUUGAAUUCUGCGCCUAUGAAGCUAGCUAUCUUGGUUCCAUGCUCAUCAAAGAUCUGAGGGGUAUUGAAUCCACGCAGGAUGCUUGUGCCAAAAUGCGGAGGUCCACAGAACAAAUGAGAAAAAUGCCAACCAUCGUUUUAUCAAUCACCUACAAGGGUGUGAAGUUCAUAGAUGCAGCGAACAAGAACAUCAUCGCAGAGCAUGAGAUCCGUAACAUAUCCUGUGCAGCCCAGGAUCCAGAGGACCUGUGUACGUUUGCCUACAUCACUAAAGACCUGCAGACCAGCCACCAUUACUGCCACGUCUUCAGCACAAUAGAUGUGAGCCUGACCUAUGAGAUUAUCUUGACGCUGGGCCAGGCGUUUGAGGUGGCCUAUCAGCUGGCUCUGCAGGCCCAGAGGACCAAACAGCAUCAGGGUCUCCCCGUGGGAAGCAGCUCAGACGUCACUGAAGCCAAGUCCGGUCGACCUGUGCCCAAACCGCGAGGGAGCGUUCGGAAGUCAGGGGGAGAUAUGCUGGACCAAGAGGGGGAUUCACAGCCCCCCCACACCAGUGCCACAUGGCUCGUGGACCCAAAGGAAUCUAAACGCUCGAUCAGCACUAAGUAUGAGACCACCAUUUUCUGAACGGACCCCUGUUCUCCUCCUCCUCCUCCUCCUCCUGGGCCUCGCCGUCCCUACUUCCCUCCUUUCUGUGUGCCUUUCACUGUGACUCAGCCCUUUUUAUUUGCGCUGGACAUCCACCUCCCCCCCCCCCCCUCCUGACAGCACCGCCUGCGGCAGUCAACCAAAUCUUUGUUGCUCCUUCUCCAAGUUGAACCUCCACCACUUUCUACACCUCGCAUCGAUUGUUUUUGCAAUCACUCUGCAAGUCUGCCACUAACACAUACAUUCUCCUUAAACUCACUGCUUCCCUGCCCCCCCCCCUCCCCCCUGCAAAAGGUACUGUUUUCUCUCAGUGACGAGCUCUUUCUUUUCCGCUACAUCAGGCGACGGCCGCUCUGAGGCUCGUUCACUCUGAUCUUUCACCACCGGACUUCUCUGAGCGCUGAGAAAACAUCCGAGAGCCACCCACUGCACUCAUCCCAUAGCCGGGUGGAUGUUUCCGGAAGAAAACUGUGGAUCUGCUCUUCUAACUCUAUGCAUCCAUCAGGCUUUAGCAGACUGUUCCCUGUUUAGUGGGGUGCAAGUAUUUAAGAGCUGUUUGCUUGAAGCGAAGCCAGGCUGAAGUCUUUUAGCACUGUGAGGAGCUCGUUUGGGGGGGGAAUCUGUUUUAGGAAAGAGGACGUCGCUCCGCGAAAAAAAGUCCAAAUCCAGGUGCCUUGCAGAGGUUUUAAUGUCCUGUGAACGUUCUCGCAUUGUGACGUGUAGCAAAAACAAACUUCAGUGUGUUUUAACUGUGCAUUGAUGUGAUAAACCAACACAAAGUAGUGCAUGGCUGACACAUGGGUGGAAGAGGUUCCCCUGUUUUUACAUUUUUCUUUCAUUUAAAAUCUGGAAAGUGCGGCAUGCAUUUGUAUCCAGACUUGAUGUAUUUUUUCCCCACUGUAGCUCAAGCUCACAUGGACUGGAGUGCUGCUAUGAUCUACAGUUUUCAAGUCUUGCAGCAGAUUCUUUAUAGGAUUUAGAUUUUUUUUAAUAGGUUCCUUUAACUCAACUUCAGAAACUCAAUUCAGUUAUGGUCUAUAUAAAGUAGAACUGGAAAGCUUUGCUCUGAAUUCCUCAUCAAUUUACCCCAACAUUCCCGCUUUUUGCGUCCGUUCUGAGGAUUGUCCCAGAGCAACUCGUUUUGGUGCGUGUGUCUUUAAAUCUGGAGGACGCACAUCACGCUGUUCCCCUCCAGUGCGCAGAGUGUUCGACUCAAUCCGAAUACCCUUAUAGUGCAAGGACUCUUCAGCCAAAGCGUGCAGCCUGAAAAGUGCUUCAGGGGUCGCCAGUUUUUCCUAGGAACCCCACGACGUCCCUUAUCAGCGCUAAGAACCCUUUAGGUAUCCCACAAUUCUUUGCAUGCCAUGACGUAUCAGUUCAGCCCUCUCACGGAAAUCAAUGAAAAUGUCUGUAGCAAAGAGAGCGCACACUUUGUUGUUAAUUUUCGGGAAGGCUGUAUCCCUGAAUUGGAAUCGCAUCCAUGUUUGUUUCCGAGUUAAAGGCCGUCAGAAUUCAUCACAGUUGUCCGAAAGUUCUUUCCUCCCCAAGAUAGAGUUCUUACUGUUGACCCCGUGAAAAGCCAAGGAGCAGGAGCUACAAGCUGUGAUUAAGGGUAUUCGGAUGGAGCCUUCCACUCCAAGCGGCCAUUUUUGUAGUACGCUCGGCGAUGAUGUAAUGAACAACCGAACAGUUUGACUGAUCCACGUGAAGCUUUGGCAUCCCUCAGCUUGGACUACACAAUCGCUCCGAGAAAUAAAAAAUGGCGGAUUUGCAAACCCGGUAACAUGGAAGUCCGUGACCCUGUUUAGCAGCUCUGCACCAAAUACUGUGACACUGUUGUUCAAAAAACAUGAAAGAAAACAGAGAAAACUGAACGGCUUGAGUGCUAAAAAAAAAAAGUGGAUUUUGCAUUAUAAGUUCCCUUUAAACCGUGCUAGACACAUGUGACAGCACAGGUGUGGGGUGAAGCUGUUCAAAUAAAAGUCUAGUGAUUGGCGCUACAACAGUUUGAAACGUAUGCAAGAUGCUGUAUAUUUGGACUUCCCUGCUCUAAUUUGUCUAAUCAGAGCAAACGGGUGCAAACUGGAUGCUUUUUCUACCGUGAACUGACAAUAUCUAAGCACUUUUACCCAAUAUAUGUGUAAGAGAAAAAAAACAACAACUGCAUUUCCUCUGUCUAGCUUUCCUUUCUUUUCUCCUUUUCACAACAAAUGCCUUCAGUGUUCAUCCUGUCUGCAUUGCCUUUCUGCAAUAUUGCCAAUGACGUCUGUUAAUACUUCACUGCUGCUGGGAAAAGGAGUUAAACUUUACCUAAGGGGGGUGGGGACUGCUGGUGUUUACAUGUCUGCUGGUGUUUUUACUCCAUUUUAACCCUCUUACUUUGUGUGCAUGUGUCUGCGUGUCCCCUCCUCUCUGUAGCUGAACGCUGCUGCUGCUCCCAAACAGUGAGAUAGGACGGCAGCGAACCUUGUUGCCAGCCAGCUGUGUUUUUUUUUUGAUCGAAAACACACACACGGACCCGGGGACAGAGAUGAGGCUCCGCGGCCUUUCGUCCACCCCCCCUUUUCACCUGACCUCUCUCUCUCUCUCUCUCUCUCUCUCUCGCAUACAUCUUCCCGUCCGUCAGGGUGUGACAGUGUCUCUAUUCUCCAUGCAUUUGCCUGUACGCGAGUUGUGGCCUCCCUCACAGAGACUUAGUGUUCACUGUUUUGAGGAAACGUACCCGCAUGCUUUAACGCGGGAAGCCUGUAGCAAAAAGGGGAAGUGGCAUUAAAUAAGGAACAUGCAUAUUUUUUAUUAUUUUUUUUUAUUUUAGAGAGACCUCAAAACUGUAGGCACAGACUCCUCUUUGUGUCCAAAUACUGGAGUUUCUCUCCAUAACCAUCAUCUUAACAUAGUCCUGCAUGGGAAGAACCUUUUAACCAACACUACAACAACUAUCUCUCAGCUAAAUCCCACUUUUAGUUGAUUUGGUUCUUAUUUUGUUAUUUGGUUUUAUUCAUUUUAUGGGGCGAAAAUGCUGGAACUGCAACACGACUGCCCACCCCCUCCUCUCUCCCCGCCCCAGCUGUUCAAUUUAAUCCUAACAAGAUUAUUCACCAUAACCUGCCAUGCGGGCCGGUACGACUCUACUUUUUAAGCUGCAGAACAGAACAAUAGGGGUACCACGUGUUUUUUUUUUUUUUUAUCCAGGUAACUCCCAGUACGAAGACUGUUAAUGGUACUGUGCGGUGCAUCAGUAUGAUUCUGGGUACUUGCCGUUUUCAUCAAACUGUUGUACAUGUGCUACGUCGUUCGGCUACACACUGGCACGCCCCCUUCAGCUCGCCCCUGUCGGCACCUUUAGCCAUCGGCCUGAUCCAGUACUGCUUUUGCACAUUGCCAAGGAUCAGGAGGCAUUUUUUUUUAUUUUUAUUUUAUUUUUUAUUUUUUUGGAACUAAUCUGAUAUGUUGAGAAUGGAAAUGUACAUGAUUCUAGAGCAGUCUGUAUUUUGAUACUUGAAUGAUUUUUGCUUUUAUAGUUAUCUAUAUAUAUAUAUGUGUAUGUAUGUAUGUAUGUAUGUAUGUACGUAUAUAAUUUUUGAUGUUUUUGUCAAAGCAAAGGACUAUGUCUUAUAAAAUAAAACAUAUCGUGAAUAAAUACUCUGUGAUUUGAAAAAGAAAAACAAAACAUUGAGAGAUUGACUCAGAGGGACCUCAAUUCAUAAAAAAAAAAGAUUGUACAUAAUCUUGGGCUUCCGGUCUUUUUUAUAGUUAUUUUUCAUAAUUGUAAAAUUAAUAAAUGUUGGGAUUAGAAUUA